UAAUUACACAGCAUGCUCUUGGUAUCUUGGCGAAGACUCCAUGGAUUUCAUUAAGCCGCCCAUUGUGUUUAUCCACGGGCUGUGGGUGACCCCUCUGUCCUGGGAGUACUGGAUCCUGUUCUUUCGGAAAAGAGGGUUUGAAGUGCACGCCCCUGGUUGGCCAGGGGUCGACGGUCGAACGCAUGAAGAAAUCCAUGCAGACCCGGAGCCUAUCGCUCUCCAUCGCAUCGAAGACAUCGUGGACCACUACGCGGCAUACAUUCGGAAGCUACCGGAGCCUCCCAUCAUCAUAGGGCACUCGUUCGGUGGUCUCUUUGCUCAGAUCCUUUUGUCGCGCGGAAUAGGAGCUCUGGGCAUAGCUGUGUGUCCUGCACAACCUGCGGGUAUCAUUUACGUCGCACCGACUACGAUUAGAGCCGCGUUUCCCAUCUUCACCCACCCCCUGCAUUCCGACGCCACCGUCCCGAUGUCCGAAAGCCACUUCCGCUACUGCUUCGGCAACCUCCUGUCGUCCGAGGAGAGCAAGAAGCAAUGGAACCGGUACUGCAUACCGGCGGAUUCCAGGGUACUCUGGCAGUUGGCGACAAACGUCACAGCGGGACGGGCAGCGCCGAACUUUGUCCACUUCGACAAGCCUGACCGGGCACCCAUGCUGCUCAUCAGCGCCUCGAAAGACCACAUCGUCACGGCCAGGACAGUCAAGUUGGAGUACAAAGCUUACAGAGGUCCUGCGAUCGUGGAGUACAAGAAUUUCGAAGGUUAUAGCCACGGACUAAUUUUUCAGGAGGGCUGGGAGGCCGUUGCAAAUUACGCUCUCGAAUUCAUUGAAAGUCACAGCUAGCGCCUGGGUUAUGGCACGAACACCAAACGCUGCGGACCAGCCUACGCCUUGCUUUUUUGAUUUUUUUUGUGAUUUCGAGGCCCUCUUGCGAUCAUGGGUCUCUCUUCCAUUUUAAAGAAACGUUGAUUUCAUCUCCGAACUAGUAAGUAUAAUUAUUAAUAGAUGUCGGCGGAACACAGAAGGUCUAGAUUGGCAUAUUAUAGAUUCUCACAUCAGCGGGAAAGAGUCCCAGGCUAUCUUUUAACUUUAAUAUAAAACUAUCAAGUCACG